UUGCUUUUUUCUUUAGGAUGAAUAUGCACAGUGGGUAGUUGCAAGUCAGAGAAGCCUACUCGAGGUCAUGGCAGAAUUUCCAUCUGCCAAACCUUCACUUGGUGUCUUCUUUGCAGCCAUUGCUCCUCGUCUGCAGCCCAGAUAUUAUUCUAUCUCAUCCUCCCCAAAGAUAGCACCCUCUAGGAUUCAUGUAACUUGUGCAUUAGUCUAUGAGAAAACACCUAUUGGAAGAAUUCAUAAGGGUGUCUGCUCAACGUGGAUGAAGAAUGCUGUCUCUUUGGAGGAAAGCAUUGACUGCAGUUGGGCUCCCAUUUUUGUUAGGCAAUCUAACUUCAAACUCCCGGCUGAUCCUAAAGUGCCAAUCAUAAUGGUCGGCCCUGGUACAGGCUUGGCUCCAUUUAGGGGUUUCCUUCAGGAAAGAUUAGCUCUCUUGGAAUCAGGAGCAAAACUUGGUCCUGCUGUAUUGUUCUUCGGCUGCAGAAAUAGUAAAAUGGACUUCAUCUAUGAGGAAGAGCUAAAUAAGUAUGUUGAAGCUGGUGUAAUUUCUGAGCUGGUGAUAGCUUUCUCACGUGCAGGACCAACGAAGGAAUAUGUGCAGCAUAAGAUGACGGAAAAGGCUUCAGAUAUCUGGAACAUGAUUUCUGAUGGAGGCUACUUAUAUGUCUGUGGGGAUGCCAAAGGCAUGGCCCGAGAUGUUCACCGAACUCUGCACACCAUCAUGCAAGAGAAGGGAUCUCUGGACACCUCUAAAGCUGAGAGCAUGGUGAAGAAUCUGCAGACGACUGGAAGGUAUCUGCGUGAUGUAUGGUGAUAAUGAUAAUUCCUCCAGUCAACGCAAUGUGCAAAGACUUAACAUCUCCGCAUGGCAAAUUUUUUGGGUGGUGGUGUAGCAGCUGUUUGUUCUUGCGAUUCUUUAAACUAGCUUUAUUUGUGUAUUUUUUGUUCGUGUAAGUUAUACGUAAUUAUAUAUAAUAUAAGAAAUUAUCAGUGUCAUAAUGUUAGUUUUAGUUGUAGCUAUUGAACUCUGUAAUCUUCCUUGUGAGCCGACAUGAUCCGAUGUAAUUUUAGUGCCUCUUUAGGUUAUUAAAUUCCUUUUCUAAGAUCUAA